ACAGGGUGGCUCUCAGAUACAAAUGGUGUUUACUCUUCACUGAUCUCUCUUUUUACAACAUAGACGUGCUGACAAGAUUGAAGAGUUUGUCUGAAUAAACAUCUGAGCGAACUGUUGAAGAAGUGCGGUGGCCGGUGUCACGUCGUUGUUAAUAAAUAGGCCUACUGAAGGAAUAAGGAAGAACACAACUACAGAAGCAACCAGUUCCAGGUGGCUGAGCAGCUCAACACAAUAGACGAGACAGCGAUGGAAAACAAAGGAAGCAAUACCGUCUCUAGAAACAUGUGGAUCAAGUUAACAGGCCCUGCAGCACAAUCCCUUGCAAAAGCUUUCUUAGGGCAAGCUCUCCUACUUCUGCAGGAAAACAAGGGAGCGAAAAGAGGAGCAGAAGAAGAAGACGCCACGAUAAUGGUAACACCUCUGGGACAAGAGGCUGAAAACGAAGUUUUGGAAGUCACUGGAAGAGGAGGAACAACAGCAAGAGUUACAACAGUGUCAGUGUCACCAACAAGGACUGACGUCGCCAGAACAGCCCAAGCUGAGAAAAGCAUCAAAGUGCUAAAAGUAUACAGGAUCGUCCUGCUGGGCAACACUGGAGCUGGGAAAAGCAGCCUAGCAAACACCAUAUUUGGAGAGGACUUGUUCAAGAGAGAGAAUCCCCCCUUCUGUGGAACAAGCGAAUGCCGAGCAGAGUCCAAAUCUGUUCAUGGAAGAAGAAUUACUUUGAUCGACACUCCCGGUUUCUUUGACACACACAGACCUGAGGAGGACAUGAAGCGUCAGAUAGUGAGCUGGAUCACAGAGUGCACUCCUGGGCCUCAUGCUUUUUUCAUUGUGCUUCAAGUGGCUAACUCGGAGCAGGACAGGCUUGUCACUAAAAUUAUUGAACAUUUUCCAGAGGAAGCUUUCAAAUAUGCUGUAGUUGUCUUCACACAUGGCGACCAGCUCCUUGAAGGAAUGAAAAUUGAGGAGUUUGUCAGUAAGAAUAAGAAUCUGAGCGAUCUGGUGAAGAAGUGUGGUGGCCGGUGCCACGUUAUUGACAAUGUAGUCUGGAAGAACAACCAACAGGAUGGAUACAGGAACAACAACAUCCAGGUGGCAGAGCUGCUCAACACAACAGACAAGAUAGUGAUGGAAAACAAAGGAAGCUGCUACACCAAUAAGAUGCUACAAGCAGUGAAGAGAGAAAUAAAGGAAGGGGGCAACACAACAUCAGUGGGAAACAUGGCAAAAGGAUACACUAGCAAUAAGUUUAGUGUAUCGAAGAAUGUGUGGAUUAAAUUAACAGGCCCUGCAGCAAAAUCAUUGGCGGAGGCUUUGUGUGGACCAGCUGCCGUAGUUCUGCAGGAAACUGAAGGAGCAGCAAAAAGAGCAGCAGAAGAAAAAAAAGUAGAGGAGGAAGAAGCAGUUGCAACAGGAACAGCAUCAGAAAAAGGAGACAUAGUAACAGAAACGGACAAAGAAGCAAAAGAAAAAGCAACAAGAAUAGAAAAAGAAGCAGAAAGAGGAGAACGGGGGGCAGGAGGUGGCGGAUUUAUGAAGUUUAUAUGUAGUCUACUAGCAGCAGCAUAUGCAGGUUUAUUAUUAGCAGUACCAGGUGUAGGUGCACUACUAGCAGCACUAGGAGGUGGAGUAGGAGUAGCAGGUGGUGUAGGUACAGUAGUAGUAGCAGCAGUAGUUGCAGCAGGCACAGCAGUUGUAACAACAUUAAUCACAACUGGGAGCUUAAUAACAGGAGCCGUAUUAUGGAUACGAAAUAAAAUAUAUCAAUUCAGAGAUUUUUUACUACGACAUAUUAGAGUCACAUUGCUGGUGAUUGCCUUCUACUCAUUGCUACUAUUAUCAUUUUUUCUGAAAGUACCAAUCGUAGGGACCCUGUUCUUAUGGUUACUUCUGUUACUAUCAUUUUUGUUAAUAGUGGUAUUAUUCCUGCUAUUAUAGAAGUAUGUAAUGUAUGCUUCUCCUUUACGGAUGUUGUGAUGAUCUACCACAGGUAGACAGAGUGUAGAAAUUAUAGUUCAGCAUAAGAUUUAACCAAUUCAUUGUUGU